CUGACCACAAACAAAAGGUGUCACUCAUGGCAGACGUCAGAUAUAGGGGCAACAAGCACAAGCAGCCCGCUCUCGUCGCAAGGGAUGGCCCCCUCGACCAAAAGAUCAACGCAGCUCUCAACAACCGCUCAACAACGCAAUGGAGGCUUGCCUUUGCCGUGAUUGUCGCUCUCGCUUUCGCUACACGCUUCUACCGUAUCGACUUUCCGAGUAAAGUGGUCUUUGACGAAGUUCACUUCGGCAAAUUUGCAUCGUACUACCUACAACGCACCUACUUCUUCGAUGUCCACCCACCGCUUGCUAAGCUGGCUCUGGCGUUUGCAGGUUGGGUGAUUGGGUAUGAUGGACACUUCCACUUUGACAAUAUCGGCGAUGACUAUAUUGUCAAUAAAGUGCCGUAUAUCGGUCUUCGCGCCAUGCCUGCGCUGCUGGGUAGUCUGACUGUGCCGGUUGUCUUUUUGACCAUGAAGGAGUCUGGGUAUGGUUUACCUGCUUGUGUCGUUGCGGCAAGUAUGGUCCUCUUUGACAAUGCACACAUUGCGCAAGACCGUCUGAUUCUGCUCGACGCAAUGCUAGUGUUUAGCAUGUCUUGCUCUAUCUACUGCUACGUCCGUUUCUACAGGCAGCGACGACACCCCUUCUCAAAGGCAUGGUGGACAUGGCUCUUCUUGACGGGUACAGCACUCUCCUGCGUCAUGUCUACAAAAUACGUCGGCUUAUUCUCCUACGUCACCCUUGGCUUCGCAGUCGCUAUUGAUCUUUGGGAGCUCCUUGAUGUUCGCAAGGGACUCAGCAUGAAACAAUUCCUUCGACACUUUUACGCACGCGCACUCGGUCUGGUCAUCAUGCCCUUCUUGCUCUACCUGUUUUGGUUCUAUGUGCAUUUUGCCAUCCUGACACGAUCUGGGCCAGGUGAUGAGUUCAUGUCGCCUGAAUUCCAAGAGACCCUCUCCGACAAUAUCAUGAUGGCUGAAUCGUACCCAAUCAACUAUUUUGAUACGAUUACGCUCAGGCACAAGGACACGAAAGCAUAUCUUCACUCGCACCUCAACAACUACCCGCUACGAUACGAUGAUGGCCGAGUAUCUUCUCAGGGUCAACAAGUCACAGGAUACCCCUUCAACGACACCAACAACCAAUGGAAAAUUGUACCAGCCACACCCUUCGAAGGCGGUGAGGUCAAGGGUAUCCCAGUCAAACACAGCCAAGCCUUUAAACUCAUCCACACCUUGACGGAUACAGUCUUGUUGACACAUGAUGUCGCUUCACCACUCUAUGCCACCAACCAGGAGUUCACCACCGUCUCACAAGAACUCGCUGCAGGUGAGCGGGAUGCCGAUACACACUUCCAACUUCAACUUGUCAGUGGCAAGAAUGAGCAAUGGCGUACUAAAGCCGGGUUGUGUAAACUCGUGCAUGUCCCAACAAAGGUCAACAUGUGGUCCGAUGCAGCACCGUUGCCAGACUGGGGCUUUAAGCAGCAGGAAAUCAAUGGUAACAAGAAGGCCACGGAUAGUGGUAAUAUCUGGUACCCCGAGUCUAUCGUUGACUUGAACGACCCGGCACGCAUGGUGAAGGCAGAGAGGAAGGUCAAGAAGUUGCCCUUUUUGACGAAAUACUUGGAAACGCAGCGUCUCAUGUUUUACCACAACUCAAUGCUCACUUCCUCCCACCCCUAUGCUUCGGGACCCAUCAACUGGCCAUUCUUACUGCGUGGUGUCUCUUUCUGGACAAAGGACGAUACAAAGCAACAAAUUUACCUCGUUGGCAAUGUCUUUGGCUGGUGGCUGGCUAUUGCAACCUUGGCAGUCCUCUCGGGAGUCCUUGCCGCUGAUCAAAUUGCUCUUCGACGUGGUCAAGAUGUCUUGCCCAGAAUGACUCGUGUUCGACUCUACAAUUCAACUGGAUUCUUCUUGUUGUGUUGGGCAGCGCAUUACCUACCCUUCUUCCUCAUGGGCAGACAACUCUUCUUGCAUCAUUAUUUGCCCGCUCACCUUGCCUCAAGCCUCGUGACGGGCGCUAUGGUGCAAUUCAUCUUUUCACGCAUUGGACGCAAACAGGUCUCCUUGUUUGCUUUGGACGACAAGCUCGUCCAGCAAUCGCCCUUCAAGAAGGAUUCCAAGGAAGACUCGACGGUGUCUGCAUCCGUCAUGGUUGAACGGGAUGAAAACUCCCUCCUUAUCUGGGCUGUGACGGGACUUCUGGUGAUUGGUUUGGCUACUGCAUUUGUUCAUUUCGCACCCAUCACGUAUGGAUUGCCUGGAUUGACAGUGCCACAAGCAUUGAAACGACAAGUCUUGUCGUCGUGGGAUAUGCACUACCUCAAACCAUAGAAAGCCAUGAUGCCUUCAGGCUUCGUAGCGGAGACAGAUUUUGGGGAGUCACUCGUAGAAGAAAGCGAAGGUUUCAUGAAUGCAUGAUUGAUUGUUUAUGCUGAGGCUAUGGAUUUCCAUUUCCCUGGAAUAAUGAAGCAGCACUGCUACUGCGCUUGCUAAACAGCUUACCAAACUGACGCU